AAACGGAAGCUACGGCAGCCUCUUCGUCUUCCUCUCCCUGCCCACCAUUCCUGCCGUCGCCGUUUGUUUCGGGUCGGAAACAAAGAAGCGAGGCCUGAGGCCCUUUUGGAACUGAUCUAAUGUCAUCUGGUUGAACUACCAAAAUGUCAAAAAGGCCGUCUUAUGCCCCCCCUCCCACCCCAGCCCCCACAACCCAAAUGCCCAGCACACCAGGGUUUGUGGGAUACAAUCCAUACAGCCAUCUGGCCUACAACAACUACAGGCUGGGAGGGAACCCGGGCACCAACAGCCGGGCCACGGUAGGAGAAUCAACUAUUACGUCAUCCGGCAAACAACAGGAAGUGACCAGAAAUGGCUUUAGAGCAUCAUCGGGUAUUACAAUCCCCAAGCCCCCAAAGCCUCCAGAUAAGCCACUUAUGCCCUACAUGAGGUACAGCAGGAAGGUCUGGGACCAAGUGAAGGCGUCUAACCCUGACUUGAAGUUAUGGGAAAUUGGAAAAAUCAUUGGAGGGAUGUGGCGAGACCUCACUGAUGAAGAGAAGCAAGAAUACUUAAAUGAAUAUGAAGCAGAAAAGAUAGAAUACAACGAGUCGAUGAAGGCCUACCAUAACUCUCCUGCUUACCUUGCCUACAUCAAUGCAAAAAGCCGGGCUGAAGCCGCGCUGGAGGAGGAAAGCCGACAAAGGCAAUCCCGAAUGGAGAAAGGUGAACCUUAUAUGAGCAUCCAGCCCGCAGAAGACCCAGAUGAUUAUGAUGAUGGAUUUUCUAUGAAACACACUGCUACCGCCCGUUUUCAGAGGAACCACCGCUUGAUUAGUGAAAUCCUGAGUGAAAGUGUGGUUCCUGAUGUUCGCUCAGUGGUCACCACAGCAAGGAUGCAAGUUCUCAAGCGUCAGGUUCAGUCCUUAAUGGUUCACCAGCGGAAACUAGAAGCUGAACUCCUACAGAUAGAAGAGCGCCACCAGGACAAGAAGAGGAAAUUCUUGGAGAGUACAGAAUCCUUCAACAACGAGUUGAAGAGGCUGUGUAGCCUGAAAGUAGAGGUGGAUAUGGAGAAAAUCGUUGCGGAAAUUGCUCAGGCUGAGGAGCAGGCCCGAAAGCGGCAGGAGGAGAGGGAGAAAGAAGCUGCAGAGCAAGCAGAGCGCCAUCAGAACAGCAUAGGCGCUGAGGAGGAGCAAGCUGCUGGCAAGGCGGAAGAGAAGAAAGAAGAGGGAACUGCACCCAUAGAAACAGAGGAACCUCCCCCUGAAGAACCUAUUGAAAACCAGCAAAACGGUGAAGGGACAUCCACACCAGAAGACAAAGAGAGUGGACAAGAAGGGGUUGAGAGCAUGGCAGAGGAAGGAACAAGUGACAGCAACACUGGUUCAGAAAGCAACAGUGCCAUGGUUGAAGAACCACCAACUGAUCCAGGAGCUCCAGAAGACCCUGAAAAAAAAGAAUAAAUAUACAGCUGUGUCUUUCCAUGUAUCUCUGGCUAAAACUAUUAGCAGCAUGGGAAAGACUUGUAUGGAAAUUGGUGUCCUUUUUUUGUUGUUUUUGUUUUUGUUUUAUAUGUUAGCAGCCACCUAACAACUGUUUGUACCUUGUGUGAUGCUGAUGAGUACAAAUGUCCAGGAAUGAGCAAUGACUUCUGGGUGAUCAUUUGGCAUAAAGCCAGUUCCCAGCUUUCACUGCAUUGCAUUUCAUCCACAAUAGGGGCAUCAUGGCUCAAGGAAACAGUUUUGUUUUAUUAUUUGCUAUUUUCUCCCCUAUGCCCCUUUUCCAAGGAAAUGUUACAGAGCGCUGAAGAAGAGACUAUAUCUCAGAAAAGCUCCCUCUUCUCAGGAACUAAAAGCUUAGAAUCCGGUUAUUAUGGUGCAAGUUUCCCAAACCUUAGUCUCCCUCUUCCACAUUAUUAAAGAGUGCAUCUGGAACCCAUAUUCCAAAGUUAGCUCCUGCCAAACAUAACCGUUUUUCUAAUUUCUGUGAAAACCACAAGUUUCUUCCCACAGAAUUAAAUUGCCAUUUAUUUUUACGAAGAAAGGAAGUUUCUUGCUUCCACUUGGGCUAAAACUACAGCACUGAGAUUCAAAAAUCCUGUUUUCUUCCUCUUUCUCCAGAAUAGUAUUUUAAAGUGUUUCUUGUAUUUCCCCUGAUUUUUUGAAUAUAUUAGUGGUGUUGUUACACAUGUACUUACUGAAAAUUUGUAUGAAAAAUCAUAGUCUUAACAUCCCCCUUUUCAGGAUCUAUUAAGACAAAAGAAGCUGCAGUGCUGGAAUAUUAAGUAUAAGCAUUGAAAGCAAACACUGAUUAUAAGCAUUUCAGAUCUCUGCAGUUUAAAACCACAAAUACUUUAAGCAAAGAUUUGCUGUCUAGAUCUGUUCUUCCUCUCUGCACUAAUAGUAUCUCCCAUGCACAGACAAAAAGAACGCAGUUUCUCUCAAGAGAAUGCAGUUUCUUUCACAGCCAGAUUAUGAGAGCUGCGCUCCCAACGUCUGGUGGAGUGGGGGCCAGGUGGGGAAAUGCUGCUUUACCCUAUUUUUACCAAAAAUGUGAUUGUGUCAUGUGGCUUCAUGACAUCUUGGGGCCUUUUCUCCCCUUUGGAUGCUUUUUAAUGCCUUUGUGGAGAAUAACUUGUAAAAGUGUGGUGGAACACAAUCCAAGGCAAUUCCUUCACCCUUGUCAAAAAUUUUCACCUUCUAUGGCACACCACACUACAUGAGCAUCAUGCAAAGUUUCUUUCAAAUGGUUCUGAGCUGAAAUGAAUUCUGCAAACUUUUUUCACCAUCACUAACUAAUUUGUUUUAGACAAGCUAUCUAAGAAUGUUGUUUCAGUGUUGUCAUCUACCCUUGUCUCCUCAGAGAAUUUUUUUAAAGUGUAGAUUUAAUCAAAAGCAUCCAGUUUUGCAAAUGUCUCAUAAUCCAUCAGCUGCUUAUGGAUUUGUAGUGAGUUUGGGGGGUUGCUUUUGUUUUGUUUUGUUUUUACUUCCUUUGGCCUAUUUUAAAUAGUCUUUGAUGUAAUAAACUAAAAUGUGGUUUUUUAAAAAAAAAUGAGGCUGUCAUAUUCUGAACUGGUUGUAAAGUCCUACUUUCCUACAUAGAGGGGAAAUAAAAAUUUCCACAGGGAUGCCAGCAAUAAAAAAAUCAGGACUCCUUCCAGUUUAAAAUAAGCCCACUCUGCUGAUCCUAAUACACCAUCAGGCAUGAAUGUGGAGGGCUCAGCGACUAGCAGCCCCGUGAAUGGGGAUGCACAACCUCACAUUUUUCAAAUGCUUCCAGCUGGCUCAAUCGGACACAAACAGGCAUCCUAAUUUUGACUGAGCGAAAACCGCCCACAUUUUUCUUCGCAUUGGAAAGCAUCUUCUUUUUCAUUUUUCUCAAAACCAGUGGGAAUAUUUGCCAGUGUGUACCCAUAUCCUUUUCUUGCUGCCUCUCUUAGCUGGUUUUGUUGUAAGCCAUCCAGAGACGAAAGCAUAUCCUAAAUAAAUAAAUUUUGUUUGCCCUCCACAUUAAGGGUGCCAUUGAAGAGCCAAAAGUGACUAGCUGUGUAGUAUCAUGAUUUGUCUUAAUGUUCCUCACUUUGAGGAAGCAGGGGCUAGAAGUGGUAGCAGAUAAGGAAAGCAACAGCAGUGGACGGGCCUUUUGACAAGUUAAGAACUCUCGCAAAGGGAUUGGGGAGAAAGAUUUCAACUGCCAUGAAAGCACUACUUCGUUCCAAAAAACAAAAGAAAUUCAGGACAACCUUCAGCACGACACACAUUUGGAUCUACAGAAGCAGGCCUCUGCAUCAAGACCUACUUCGUUGGAUCGCAGUGACUCAACUUUUACCUGAUAAUUAAUGCAUCUAAGUUAGGCAUUCCCAGAAGUUCAACUACAGCUGGGGGAAUGGUUCGGAGCAUGAGCCAUGCAUGGAAGGGCAACCUCUGGUCUCUGUCAUCCAACAGUUGGGUUCUGCAGCUGCACAGACUGCAUCUCAGAAAGCUGCUGUCCUUUUAUUUCCGCAUAGCCUUAGGAAUGGACAAGCACCAAUCCGUUGUUUUUCAGAGCCACAGGUGCAAAACUUGAGGUUUUCUUUUGGGAAAAAAUUGUGUGCUUGAAUGUUUUAAGUAACAAAAAGUUAUGGCCUCAUGUAACUGACAUCAUUGCUUGACUUCUCAAAUAUAAGAUCCAAUUUAGCAA